CAUGUAACAUAAUACAGUAAUUUAACAUAACUCAAAUCUAAAAAUUGAUCCUAUUGCCAAGUUGCCACAGAGGCUGAGGCACUUUAGACCGCACGACUGCUCCUCCGCGUAAUCGGCUUUUCUCCGGCUUGCCGUCUUGUCUUCUUCGACUGUUCCUGUUACCUGCAAUUAGUUGUAGCAAUGUCAGUGCCUAAUGAAGAUAGCUCAUCUUCAUCAAACUCUCAGCUUCCAUCACAAUUAUUUGGUGACCUCUUGGAUUCGAUCAUUGUUGAUGUUGCAUCAGAGUGUCACCGUAUUGCAAGGCUUGGACUUGAUCGGAAUUUAGAAGAAGAGGAAGAAGAAUUGAAGUUGUCAGUACAAGCCAGGGUUAAGGUUGCUGAUUCAAGUAAUAGUGGUGAAGUAAAUGGAAAGCACGUAGUGGACAUAUUUGGACAAACUCACCCAACUGUAGCAAACGACGUAUUUGAUUGCAUGAACUGUGGGAGAUCUGUUACGGCUGGAAGAUUUGCACCACAUUUGGAGAAAUGCAUGGGAAAGGGUAGAAAGGCCCGUCUUAAAGUUACCAGAAGUAGUACUGCGGCACAGAAUCGAUACACUCGAAGCAGCCCAGUCCCCGUGUAUUCCCCUUAUUCAAAUUCCCCAGCCACAAAUCGGUUAUCAAAUGGAUCGCCUGGUGGUGCAGGUGAUGAAUUCCUCAACGGCACAGCUGAAGAUCCUUGAGAACUGAAUUAAAAAAACAAAAUUGAUGUGGCAGACCAAGACUAUGUAUGCAAGGCAUGUAUAACUACGUUGGCUGCCAUAGACUGCAGCUCAGGGUAUGUAGUUUACAUGGAAGUAGUCGCAGGUAUAUUUUUUCUGUCCUGCUGCUCGAAUUCUAGUACUAAUGUAAAUGCAUGACAGGCUGACAGCAUGAGUAAACUGGACCAACUCCUAAGUUGGAUGUAAGAUGAACAGCUACAGAUAUAACUAUAUAAGUUUCUUUCACAUCAAUGGGUUGUAAUGGCAUUAGAUGAAACUUGAGAUACAAACAGGUCAUAUGGAUUGUGUUUGGUUCAGGCUAGAUUCGAUUCAAAAAUCGUGUAGUUUAGGUCAUUAUAAUCUGGAUCACAUAAGGUCAAUGAUUUUCAAUCA